CAAUAGGAAAAUUAAUUUAUUUCAUUAUUUACUGUACGCAAUUAUUUAUUUACAUAAUAUUAAAGUUUUCUAGACCGUCUAUUAUUUUUGAGAAGCAUUUUGGCAGGAUAUUUUGUUAGGUGUUUGGUUAAGUGAUCGUAGAUACGAUGUUUUCGAAUAAAGUCGUGCUUAUCACUGGAGCCAGUUCCGGUAUAGGAGCAGAUACUGCUUUGGAGUUUUCUAAAUUGGGCGCAAAUUUAAUUCUGACUGGCAGAAACAAAAACAACCUGGACAAGGUUGCAAAACAAUGUGAGGAAAUUUCCCCGAAACAGUUGCAACCGUUAAUUAUAAUCGCUGAUAUGAACAAAGAAAACGAUGUCGAUAAUAUAAUAAAAAUAACUAUAAAACAUUUUAAGAAACUAGAUGUUCUUGUAAACAAUGCAGGUAUUUUAGAAGCCGGUACCAUUGAGACAACUUCUUUGGCCCAAUAUGAUAGAGUAAUGAACACGAAUGUUCGUGGACCUUAUUAUUUAACUAUGUUAGCGACUCCGUAUCUUAUUGAAACAAAAGGAAAUAUUGUUAAUGUAUCAAGUGUAACUGGGUUGAGAUCUUUUCCGAAUGUUCUUGCUUACUGUAUGUCAAAAUCUGCAUUAGAUCAAUUCACAAGAUGUGUUGCUUUAGAAUUAGCAUUAAAAGGUGUUCGAGUUAACGCCGUCAACCCUGGCGUAAUUACUACGGGCAUACAUAAAAAGGGAGAGGGGAGUAUGAAUGAGGAACAAUAUGAGGCAUUUUUAAAGAAAUGUGCCGAAACUCACGCAUUGGGACGACCGGGCGAAGCCAAGGAAGUAGCAUCUGUUAUUGUAUUUCUGGCCAGCGACGCAGCAAGUAAUAUUACGGGGGCAACACUACCUGUGGAUGGUGGCCGUCAUGCCAUGUGCCCUCGAUGAAUUCGUUUUCUUAAUUUAUAAAUAUAUAUAUAUACGAGUACAUACAUAUAAUUUUUUUAAUACAUCGUUGUUUAAGUUUUAUUUAAUAGGUUAAUUUUGGUUUAUGUCAUUUUCAUUGGUUAAUAAUUUAGAUCUUAUAUAAAUUUGUAAGGUAAGACUAUUCGUUGUGUUUGUUUAUAUGUAAUGUGAUUUGUCAUUAUGUUAGUGACGUACUUUCACUAUAUUUAUCAUGCUUCACAAAUUCUCAACCAAAUCCUCUAUUGAAAUAUGUUGAUAUGUAUGUUGAAAACUUUAUAAUAAUUAAUUUCAUAUUGUUUUGUUAUCCAGAUUAAAUAUG